AUGAAUUUUGGUGCAGCUAUGAAUGGUCUUCAUGAGUAUACUCUUAAAGAUUUUACUCCUACUUCCUUACUUUAUGAGUCUGUAACUGAGGCAUUUGACUUGGAUUACCCGUACAAGAAAUUGCCCAAAUAUUUUUCGAUGGUAGGUUCUGUCAAUGGAUUGAUUUGUCUUGCCAUUGAGGAAUAUGACUUGGUUCUAUGGAAUCCAUCAAUUAGGAAGUACAAAAAAUUGCUUGAUUCUAAACCUACAUUAAUGAAGAAAGAUUGUUGGCCUUUAUAUGGUUUUGGAUAUAAUGAAUUCCACUAUGAUUAUAAGGUAGUGGCUAUUUUUUUGAAAUAUAGCAGUCGGGAUCAAGUUGAGGUUAAAAUAUAUUGUUUACAUAGUGAUUCUUGGAAAUGUGUUGAUGAAUGUCCUAUUAAGAAGCUAUUAAAUAUAUCGGGCAAGUUUGUGAAUGGGAAACUUUAUUGGAUUACUCAUGGCCCUGAUUUGUUUAAUAUGUAUAAAGACGGGAACAUCAUUUCUAUUGAUUUAGCUGAUGAGAAAUGGGGAAAGGUGGAGCAACCCUCCUAUGGAGUAAAGACAUUUUUCUUUGAGUUUUGGAGUGUUUGGAAGUGA